AUGUUUGGAACUACUUUUGAAUAUGGAUUAGCACGAUCCAGAACGAUAAUGGUACCAGGGACGCUCAAUACAGCUCUUCGCUUGAGGAAUCUUCAUACAAGCAUAGUUGCAGCUGCGAACGAUUCGAAAGUCACUGCAAAUGCUAGUGUAAUUCAUAGUUGGAUCUAUCAACAGCAUGUCAACAGUCCAAGCCACCCUUCUAAAGUCAAUGCCCCAGAGAGUUUAGCACUCAUUGAAUCGGUAGAGGAAAUUGCUGCAAAUAAACAUAACAAUGUUAUUGGCAAGAUAUUGGCUUCGGGAAAGAGAUUCGUCAAGUUGUACAAGUCAGGUAUUACAAAUGUAUAUAAGAACCACAAGACAUGUCGAGCACUGAAAAUGAAGUACAAAUUCAAAAAUCUUCCAGAACUCACGAAGUAUAUCAUUGAUAGCGGGUUUGCCCAAGAUGUUCAAUCCAAAACCAAGUCGAUAGAAAAGGAACCAGUCAAGCCACUAUCAGUAUCUGAGACUCAUAUAACUCGCUCUGAGUAUAUGAUCCUUCAGCGAACCGCUCGCGACAUUCGCAAAGUGCCACUUUUUGCUGUAGUAUUUGCAGUAUUCUUUGAAACAACCCCGCUACUGUUGAUGUUGUUUCCAAAACUAGCUCCAUCCACGUGUAUGUCUCCUUCAUAUAUAGAAAAGGAGAUCAAGAAGACCGAGGAUAAGAUUAUCUCUCUCAAGCCAUCUACUAGUAAUACCUCCACUUUGACAGAGAAUACUACAGGUACAACCGAAAGUACUGCUGAUGCAGAAUCCACUAUUUCAAAUUUAGAUUUGGACAAGAUGUACUCAAGAUCUGUUUAUAUGCUUUCUCGUGCGGAACUAGAGUCACUAUCUAGUGCCUUAGUAUUUCCUACAUCCUCCAUACCACUCCAGAAACUGUACUCUGACACCAAAUUGCGUUUGUUAAUCAAGGCCCAAAUCGAUGAAAUUCGGGCCGACAACAUCCUUCUUAGCCGAUUCGGAAGCACCAGGGCUCUUGACAGUCGCGAGCUCCGAUUGGCCUGUCACGCACGAGGAGUCUCCAUCACCGGCAAGACAGACGACGAGCUUCGCACCAAAUUGCUGCUCUGGAUGACAACUUUUGCUGACAAAAACUACGAUGCCGGAUAUUUUUUUGCAUAG